AUGGAACUGGGUAUUGAAGAAGAGAAGACGAGGACGAGGACGAUGUUGAUUGGGUUUGGAAGUAGAGCAGAUGAGCAUGACACUGACUACUUUAAUCAAUUGCUAUUGGGUAGCGUCAGGGAGCAUGCACGGAAACUUUUAGAAAAGCACUUGAAGAAACCUUUCUUUGAUGUGCGUUAUGGCGACUCUGUUGAACGUAUGAGUGUGGAGGAGUUAGAACAGGGGAAGAGCUGGUUAAGUGAUACUUUUCAACUCAUAAGGUGUGAAGAUGAUGCCCUUCCAAGUAUAACUUGGGUCCUUGACCUUGCAAAAAUAGCUGUGCUAAGGCAUGGGGUUCGUGGACUUGUAAUCGAUCCUUAUAAUGAGCUUGACCAUCAGCGCCCUUCAAGCAUGACUGAAACUGAAUAUGUUAGUCAGAUGCUUACCAAAAUCAAACGGUUUGCCCAGCAUCACGGAUGCCAUGUUUGGUUUGUUGCACAUCCUAGACAGUUACAAAAUUGGGUUGGGGGACCUCCUAAUCUCUAUGAUAUAAGUGGAAGUGCACACUUUAUAAACAAGUGCGACAAUGGAAUUGUUAUUCAUCGAAAUCGAGAUCCUGAAGCUGGGCCUAUGGAUCAAGUACAGGUUUGUGUUCGUAAGGUACGGAAUAAGGUUGCAGGGACAAUAGGUGAUGCCACUUUGUUGUAUAAUAGGGUAACUGGUGAGUUCACCUCUGUUGAUGAAGGGAGCAAGCUUCCUCUUGGUAGCCAAAAAAGAAAGCAUUCUCCGAAGAGAUAGCAGGGAGCCAUAUAUAUAUAUAUAUAUAUUGGGUAAACGUGUUCAAUAGACGGCAUGACAUUAGCAUAUGCUUGGUUCCUUUCUGGGGAUGCUUGGAUCUGAUUGGAAAUGGUGCAUCAAAUUUGACGGUAUUAUUCUUCAUUGAUGCAGUGUCAUGUGAAAAAUCUUGCUCACUUCAUUUUUCAAACCACAACCCUAUUGGAGAUAUAAAUCUAAUCCUCUGUGUAUAUAUUUUGUAUUGUCUUGUAAUGGCCCCUUCAUUCCAAUUUUGACGUCAUUUUAUAUCUGAAAGUUUGGGUGUUAAGGAUAUAUAUAUAUAUAUUACUGAACUAGAUUCUGUCGAAAUGGUCAGCACGUUCAAUUCAAAUUUAGAUUUUCUCUGCUCA